AUGGCUAUUCCAUUUGUCGCCUUUGUUUGUCUACUCAUAGUGCUACCACAAAUCCAGGCCACUUCUAUCCCCUAUAAUGGGACUGUACAUCUUCAGGGGUGUCAGAUCACUUGUAUGACCGAGGUUAACUUGCACUUGUUCUUGCACCAAUUCGUUGAUGGACCGAACACGCCAAAUCGCAAUGAAGAAACCUUGGCCGCAACGACUUUUCCUUUUGGGUUUGGGACGACGAUAGUUCAUGACUGGACUCUUACCGAGACAACAAAUUCCAAGGAUACCGUUGUUGCACGUGCACAAGGCGUGCAUGUCCAGGCUGGUUUGACCAAGGAUAAUAGAUGGUACAUGACUCAUAACAUAGAGUUUGAGCAAGGAAGGUUUGCAGGGUCCACCCUUCAGGUGAUUGGCAUAACGGCGGGUUUGGAAAAUGGUCAGUGGUCCAUUGUCGGUGGGACUGGUCAAUUCAUUAUGGCACAGGGUAUAAUAAGUUUCACAAGGCAUCCUGCCUCUACUUGGGAAGACGGUAUUAAAGAACUUAAUAUCCGUGUACGCUACACGAUUCCACCACCUGGAAAACAAUAUGGCAUUAGAGAGCCCAACUAA